GAAAGAGCUGAACUGAACUGACUUCCGAUUAACAGUCAGAUUGGUUGAACCAGCCAGUCCGGUUUGGUUCUUAAGACACUAAUCUGUACUAUAAUGAUAAUGUAUCCACACAGAGAAGGUGGAAAUCCCAAGGGAAGAAUCAUAUCAUGUCAAGAAAACCAUUGACUUUCUCUAAGCUCUUAGCCUAUAUAUAAUUCCCUAAGUAACACAUAUUUUUACCAUCUAAAUUUAAAUAGACAAAAGGAGAAUCAUGGAGAUUCCAGUGAUAGAUUUCAGCCAAUUCAAUAGCGAGAACAGAAGCAAAAUGAUGGCAUUUCUGCACGAAGCUUGUGAGAAAUGGGGUUUCUUUCAGGUAGAGAACCAUGGAAUUGACGAUAAGCUGAUGGAGAAGGUAAAGCAGUUAGUAAAUGCCCAUUAUGAGGACAACUUGAAGGGAGCUUUUUAUGAAUCAGAGUUAGCCAGAAGCUUGAAAAAUAAAGGAAAUACAGAUGAUGUAGACUGGGAAAGCAGCUACUUCAUUUGGCAUCGCCCGACAUCCAAUAUCCACCAAAUCCCAAACCUCCCGGAGGAAUUUAGCAAAACAAUGGAUGAGUACAUUACUCGACUAAUUAAGCUAGCAGAGAAAAUUUCUGAGCUUAUGUGUGAGAAUCUUGGUCUAGAUAAAGACGAAAUAAAGGAUGCAUUUUCAGGAAAGAAAGGUCCUUCUGUUGGAACCAAAGUAGCCAAGUAUCCCAAGUGUCCUCAGCCAGAGCUUGUGAGAGGAUUACGAGAGCAUACUGACGCUGGGGGGAUCAUAUUAUUGCUCCAAGAUGAUCAAGUCCCAGGUCUUGAAUUCUUUAAAGAUGGAGAAUGGGUAGAGAUUCCGCCAUCGAAAAACAAUAGAAUUUUUGUGAACACUGGUGACCAACUAGAAGUGUUGAGUAAUGGAAGGUAUAAAAGUGCUUUGCACAGAGUGAUGGCUGACAAGAAUGGUAGCAGACUCUCCAUAGCCACGUUCUACAAUCCCGCCGGAGAUGCGGUCAUUUCUCCGGCUCCUAAAUUAUUGUACCCUAGUAGCUACACUUUUCAAGACUACCUAAAACUUUAUUCUACCACAAAGUUUUUAGACAAGAGGCCCAGGUUUGAAUCUAUGAAGAACGUUGUCAAUGGUAAAUUUAAUAAAUAACCAUGUCUAAAAGUAUCAA